UAGACCAUAGAGUAAACUCAUCGAUGACAAUUAACACACCACCAAACCUCUCCUUUGCACUAACCAUAUCAUAUCAUAAUUCCCCUCUUCCCCCUCAGUCCCAGCAAACAAACACCAUGCUUGAUCCAAGAACAACUGAGCUUGAUGACAGCCAUGAUCACACCUUCGAUCCUUCUAGCCAUGUAAAUGGCAGUUGGGACACUCUGAAUUAUGGCACCGGCGCUCCAAAAACAGCCCAAAACCACGAGAACUAUUACAGAAACCGGACUAGUAUUGGCAUGGAAGAUGAUCAUCCUGAUGGUGUGUCUUUUCCACCCUUGUGGAAGACAAGUCCAUCAAGCUCUUUGCACAUGCAGCAGCACUGGAACAAUUGCCGGCUCGUGUCGGGGAGUCCGAGAGCUCAGGCAAUAGCCAGAGGCCGGCGGGAGCUCAUGGAGAUGGCCAAGAACAUGCCCGAAACAUGCUAUGAGCUGUCCAUGAAAGAUCUGGUUGAGCAGCAGCCUAGAGUGGAGGAAGAACAUUCUCAUCAGCAGCAGCCUAGAGUGGAGGAAGAAUAUUCUCAUCAUCGGGAACAGUACUGUUUGGAUGGAAAGAAAAGUUUUUCCAGGGAAAGUUCGAAUCAGGAACAGAAAAGCAAGCGGGAUGAGAAGAAAGGAAAGGUGAUCGUGAGAAGUGGAAGCAUUGAUAAUGGAGGGCUGUUUCUCAAAGUGGUGGUUUUUCCAGUUUCUUUGGGAUCAAAGAAGAAGAAUAAGAAGAAGAAGAACUCUGAGGCUGCAAAUAAAGGCGAGGAAAGGUUGAAGAAAACAUUUUCAGUUUCAAGUGAGGGGGAGAGAGAAGAAAGCCUCAGAAGGAGUGGUAGUUCAUCUGGUUGCUGGACCUUCUUACUCUCGUGGAAGGAAGAAAUGUGAAAAGUAGGGGUGGAUCAUUUGGGUGGUUCGUAUUUUUAUAUUUCUAUCUUUUAAGCAAAUAAAAUUAGGUUAUUCAGAAUUGAAUAGAGAAGCAAUUCAGGCUUACGGGAUUCGGAACCCGAGGCUCCGAGUUCUAGCAUCUACUUUUACUAGUUUUUUUUUUUUUUAUAACCCAACUCCAAACUUUGCCCAAGUAAUCGUGAACGAGAGCGGCCUUCCUCCUUGGUUCAUCAUCUAGGUAAAUUUAAAUAAGGUCACAAUAUACACACACUUGCGACAAACUUUCAAGAAGCGGUUGCUCUCCUUGUGGAUCCCUCUUCACGUCAUGUGAACAGAACUUUCGAAAGGGCAACAGAACGCACCAAGACCCUACCUCUACAAGGAUUCGAACCUCCGAUGCUCACUUCAACUUUCAAGUGUUUUACCGCUUUGUCAUGUUCAUAGAGACUUUUUUCUUCUUUUUUGUUUUGAUUAAUAAAAGGGUAUGGAAGAAAUUAAUGUUAUCUUAUUAGGGUGGUUUAUUUUAAAUGGAUCUUGAUCAUCCUUAAUAGUAUAGUAUUAAGGACCUUUGUUUGUACAUAGCAUUAUCAAUCUUUUUUACAUCAACUUAUAAAAUGUAACGAGACAACAUAAGAUCAACAAAACAGUAAAGAAAUUCAAU